UUCCCUUUCCCGUUUUCCUUCUCUUUCCGACUCUCUCUGUCUGUGUAACAGCAAGCGGAGGAAGAAGAAGAAGAAGAAAACAAAGAUGUUAAAGUUCUUGAAGGGAGUGGUGGGUGGAUCUGGAACGGGGCUGAAAGAUCUGCCCUACAACAUCGGAGAGCCUUACCCUUCCGCUUGGGGCUCUUGGACUCACUUCCGCGGCACCUCCAGGGAUGACGGGUCACCAGUAUCUAUAUUCUCUCUUUCUGGGAGUAAUGCCCAGGAUGGACAUUUAGCUGCUGGUCGUAAUGGUGUCAAACGCCUCCGAACUGUCAGACAUCCAAACAUUUUAUCAUUUCUUCACAGUACGGAGACAGAAACUUUAGAUGGCUCUACCACGAAGGUUACGAUCUACAUUGUCACAGAGCCUGUUAUGCCUCUAUCAGAAAAGAUCAAGGAACUGGGUUUAGAAGGUACACAGAGGGAUGAGUAUUUUGCAUGGGGACUGAACCAGAUAGCCAAAGCUGUCAGCUUCUUAAAUAAUGAUUGCAAACUUGUUCAUGGUAAUGUUUGCUUAGCCAGUGUUGUUGUUACGCCAACCUUAGAUUGGAAGCUGCAUGCUUUUGACGUAUUAUCCGAGUUUGAUGCAAAAAAUGAAGCUUCCUCUGGAGCACUUCUGCAAUAUGCAUGGCUUGUUGGUGCGCAAUACAAACCAAUGGAGCUGUCAAAGUCUGAUUGGGCUGCAAUUAGAAAAUCUCCACCUUGGGCCAUUGAUUCCUGGGGAUUGGGUUGUCUUAUAUAUGAACUCUUCUCCGGUAUGAAGUUAAGCAAAACAGAGGAAUUGCGCAAUACUGCUUCCAUUCCAAAGUCUCUGCUUCCAGAUUAUCAGCGGCUUCUAAGUUCCACGCCUUCUCGCAGGUUGAAUACAUCAAAACUUUUAGAAAAUAGUGAAUAUUUCCAGAACAAGUUGGUAGAUACUAUACAUUUCAUGGAGAUCUUAAAUUUGAAAGACAGUGUUGAGAAGGAUACUUUUUUCCGUAAGCUUCCAAAUUUGGCAGAGCAGCUUCCUCGCCAGAUCGUGCUUAAAAAGUUGCUUCCUUUAUUAGCUUCUGCCCUUGAAUUUGGUUCAGCUGCUGCCCCUGCUUUGACUGCACUAUUAAAAAUGGGUUCCUGGCUUUCAACUGAAGAAUUUAGUAUCAAGGUACUUCCUACAGUUGUGAAACUCUUUGCCUCCAAUGAUCGAGCUAUUAGAGUUGGUCUCCUUCAACAUAUAGAUCAGUUUGGAGAAGCGUUGUCGGCACAAGCGGUUGAUGAGCAAGUUUACCCUCAUGUAGCAACUGGGUUCUCUGACACAUCCGCUUUUCUACGUGAACUUACACUUAAAUCCAUGCUUGUUCUAGCUCCAAAGCUUUCUCAACGUACCAUUUCAGGGUCAUUGUUGAAGUAUCUGUCCAAGUUACAGGUUGAUGAAGAGCCAGCAAUUAGAACAAACACCACUAUAUUACUGGGGAAUAUUGCAAGCUACUUGAACGAAGGGACAAGAAAAAGAGUUUUGAUCAAUGCGUUUACUGUUCGUGCACUGCGUGAUACAUUUUCACCUGCCAGAGGAGCUGGCAUUAUGGCUUUAUGUGCCACCGGUUCUUAUUAUGACAUCAAUGAGAUCGCAACUCGGAUUCUCCCAAAUGUUGUUGUACUUACUAUUGAUCCCGAUAGUGAUGUUCGAUCAAAGGCGUUUCAAGCAGUUGAUCAAUUUCUGCAACUAGUGAAGCAAUACCAUGAUAAGACGAACUCAGGAGAUACCACGGGGGAUCUUGGAAUCUCGUCAAUAACAGGAAAUGCCAGUUUAUUGGGAUGGGCUAUGAGCUCAUUGACUCUUAAGGGCAAACCAUCUGACCAAGCCUCACUUGCUCCUGUGAAUACUAGUGCACCUCUAUCUUCUACAACUUCGAAUGCAAGCUCAGUUAUAGAUACUCCAAGUACAGCUCUUGCCCAUGUAAGUUCCAAGCCGGAUUUUGCUGAGCAGCCUGUACCUGAUUCCCCCACGUCCACGGAUGGCUGGGGAGAAAUUGAGAAUGGAAUUGAUGAAGAGCAUGAAACUGACAAAGAUGGUUGGGAUGAUAUUGAACCCCUUGAAGAGCCAAAGCCAUCCCCAGCACUUUCAAACAUUCAAGCUGCCCAAAAGCGGCCAGUUGUACUGCAUGCUUCUCAGCCAAAACAACCAGCUACGAGUUUACGGCCUAAAAGUACAGCAAUGGCUAAAAAUAAUGACGAUGAUUUGUGGGGCUCCAUAGCUGCACCAGCUCCAAAAACGUCAUCAAAACCUUUGAACUUGAAAGCCAGUGCAACAGUUGAUGACGAUGACCCUUGGGCUGCUAUUGCUGCUCCCGCACCCACAACCAGGGCAAAGCCUUUAUCAGCGGGUAAAGGCCGAGGAGCUAAACCUGCUGCUCCCAAAUUGGGGGCACAGAAGAUAAACCGGACAUCAUCUGGGAUGUGAAUUACAUACAAAAAGGCACAUGACAACAGUUGAAAGAUUUGAAGCUGUAGAUUUUUUGUCCCCAUUCGGUGGCUGGUAAUGAGGCUGAAGUGCAGUAUACUAUGUCACCAGGAAAUGCAUUUGCAAUCUUUUUCAACAUAUUAUUUGAUUUGUAAUAAUAUUCUUUCCUUUAUUUUAGCUUGUCUCUUUCUUAAGGAACCGUCAUCUCUGAUGUAAGUUUGUUGACACAUUUGUUGUAGACAGCAGCCAGUGGCAAUAGUUUUGAGCCUAGACAUUUUGGGAUGUGAUGUAUUAUCUACAUUUUGUAGUAAAAAGCUGUAGAAAGUUUUAUAUCC